UUCGGCAGGCUAUCCGCAAAAGCGGCAACUGCAAUCGAAUGACAGCAGAUGCCUUUUGUCAUAAAGCGGUCACAUCGGCAAUCAACUUCACAUAUUUCCGUCGUCCAGGUCACAAUCCUUUCCACGCGACCUCUUGUUUCGACGACAGCUACGGGAUUUCGAAAGUGGAGUUCGGUCCUCUCCUAGUGGUACCCCUGCCACGAAUGCCCGCGGCGGACACCGUGCGACAGAUGAUGCAGAGCGUUUACGCCGCAUGGUGGAUUCUUACAUCAACGAAUGCUCCGUACAUAAAGCGGUAGCCCGAUUAGUUUCUGAAGAAAGUGUGCUGAAUAUUGAUGCCAAAGUGUUAUCGGUCCUCCGCCUGAAGCAUCCCGAUGCACCUACGGAUGCCAGUUUACCUGUUCCAUCAGACAAUGACAUACCUACUUUCACCCCCAUCACGGCUGCUGAAGUUAUCAGUGCCGUUUUCAGCUUCCCAAGUGGAUCAGCUGGUGGAUUAGAUGGUCUCCGUCCGCAACACCUCAAAGACUUGCUGAAUUGUAAGGAUGCUGUCGAAUCCUCGCUUUGCUCUGCACUAUGUAAGCUCAUGAAUUUCAUCGUGGCUGGCAAAUUACCAGAGGAAGUGCGUCCUAUUCUGUUCGGUGCAAACCUGAUCGCCCUGUCAAAGACAGAUGGCGGUGUUCGGCCGAUCGCUGUGGGCAAUGUGUUGCGAAGACUGGCGGCCAAGAUUAUAGCCAAACGGUGUGCGAAGAAAGCGAAUGAAUUGUUCACUCCCACUCAAGUUGGUUGCGGUACACGUGGCGGAGCUGAAGCAGCGGUACACGCUGCCAGAAGUUUUAUUUGCGAGGAGCACGACGGUCUACGAGUUCUUUUCAAAAUCGAUUAUAGAAAUGCGUUUAACACUGUCCGUCGGGAUGUUAUUUUGCAGUCUGUUCUAGAGCACUUUCCCGAAUAUUAUUCUUUCGUAUUGAGUGCGUAUGGAGCGCCGUUCGUUCUUUCAUGCAGUGGCAGCGAUGAGGAUUUGACAUCCGCCACGGGGAUCCAACAGGGCGAUCCUUUGGGACCACUGCUUUAUUGCUUAGUUUCACUUCUGUUCUGCAUUCAUUUGUCCUCGAAGCUGAAAGUGUUUUUCCUGGAUGACGGUGCUCUGGGAGGUACGAUGGAAGAAGUGGCCGACGAUUUGACCUCGAUUAUCGCCGCCAGCAGCGCCGCUGGACUCGAAUUGAACCCCGCGAAGUGUGAAAUGCUGCUUAUUGGUGGAAGUGCUGAAGAACGCGAGGUGGCCAGGAACAGGCUGCAUUCAAUUGCACCCGGUGCGAUUGUUUUGCAGCCUGAAACGGUAACGUUUCUUGGUGCACCUUUAACUGAUGAAACGAUAAGUCAUUUACUGCGACAGAAAAUUGCUUCGUUGAAAAUUUUUAUAGAACGCUUGCAAUUACUGAACUCCCAUCAUGGAUUCUACCUCCUGCGGAACUGUUUGUCCAUCCCGAAGCUCAUGUAUACGCUGCGUUGUAGCCCGUGUUGGAAAGUACCGGAGCUGCUGGAUGAUUUCGACAGACACGUUAAAGAAGCUCUGGAAGUCAUAACGAAUACCAAAUUGGACGGACGUGCAUACACACAGGCUAUGCUCCCUGUCGCCAAAGGCGGUUUGGGUGUGCGACGAGCAAAAGCAUUGGCUCCUUCAGCCUUUUUGGCUUCCAUGUUUGCAACUCGCCAGCUUACAUCCCAGAUCUUUGAAGGCAGUAGCGAGCAAUUAGUCAACGACGCGUGUGAAUUUUGGAAACUGGAGUCCGCAUGUGAAGAGUUACCUCUAGAUAUGGCCCCCGUUCAUCAAUGUGUAUGGGAUAAUGCUGUUGUGCAAAAGGACGUCGACUCGUUGUGGCAUAACAUUGGUGACAAUAAACGGGAGGAAGCACGCUUGAGAGCAAUCAGCACUAAGUACGCUGGGGCCUGGCUGAGCGCUCUUCCCGCGAAAGUAUUCGGCAAUUUCUUGGACGACCAAACCUUCCGUAUUUCUGUUGGUCUGUGGCUAGGCGCUAAGAUCGUAGAAUGUCAUUCAUGUGCUAGAUGUGGAAAAGACGUAGCCGAAAAUGGAUACCAUGGGCUUGCCUGUAAAAAGUGCAUCGGAAGAAGGGAACGUCAUAACGGAAUUAACGACAUUAUAUUGCGAGCGCUAUGCAAUGCCGGCAUUGAAUCGUACCCGGAGCCUAUUGGCUUUGUGCGCGAAAAUGGUAAGCGUCCGGAUGGAGCUACGCGCUGGAAAUGGUAUCGCGGACAGCCUUUAGUAUGGGACGUGACCUGUAGAGACACGAUGGCAGAUUCGUACAUCGACGCGACCUCAAAGUGCGCUGGCGCUGCUGCCGAACGGGCUUUCACUGAGAAGAUGGGGAAGUAUAAGUCUCUUACGGAUCGCUGUUAUUUUGUCCCAGUUGCAUGCGAGACAUUUGGAACUUUUUGUGAGGAAACAAUUGUCUUGUUAAAGGAGAUUGGUAAGAAACUGUUUAUGAGGACCGGCGAGAUUCGUUCUACCUGUUUUUUGUUUCAACGUUUAAGCUUGGAAAUAAUGCGUGGCAAUGCUAUGAGUGUUUUGUGUACAGUCCCAUCUCAUGUUAAUUGGGACAAAUUCUUUAUUUGAGUGAUUUUUAUUGAGCGAAGCUCGCCAUGGUACAUAAAUUACUUAACUCGGAUUUUCACAAUACUCGUAUUUCUAUAUUAUACUGUUGAAAUUCCAUUUCCAAGUAACAAUCCCAAUUAAAAGUAUAGCAGUUCCAAUGAAAACCGUUGCCCCGAGACACUUCGCCGAAUUUAUUGUAAACGUGUCUCACAAUGCUCCUGUCAUCAUGGUGUAUAUGCAAAAACAAAAGCGCACUUUGCGCAUAGCGUGAGUGUUCAUCGAGCCCCUUUCGGCUUUCUCCUUAUCCCAACCCUACCCCAUGCCACUAAACAGAAUUAACAGGAGUAAAAUAGGUGCGCAACGGUUGAGCAGGGUCAGCACAGAGCAAAAGUGGUGUAAAAAGAUGUGAACGGUGUGAUCGCUUAAAUUAAGACAACAGUAUAUA